UACAUGGGAGCCAGCCGGAGGUGAAAGAGGAAACAAAUAAAACAGUAGACUUUUCGCCCGCAUUCACCUUACACUCUCGCCCGUCCACGAUAACAGGAGCUGGCAAUGGCGUAUCCCUCGAGGGCCAUGCAGUGCCUGGGAGUGUCGUAGGCUUCUUUCCCGGUGUUGUGUACACCCCACUCGAUCUCAGGUACGUGCCCAACUACCCCAAUGUCUCGUUAAACAACGACUAUCUGGCCAUCCGACCAGACAAUAUGGUGAUUGAUGCGAAGGACUACAAGUGCGAACUACAACGGAAAGGUGGUGCAGGUUCAACGGCUAAGCGCAGUGGAGAUAGCGAACGUAAUGAGCUCUCACCAUCGCACAACGGGCACGAGCAAGGCAAACCGCAACAAG